CUUUGCAAAUGCACGACAAGCUCUAGGAACUGCAGAAUGGUGCCCUCGGAGCCUUGGUAUACUUCCUCAAAUCUUCGCUGCCUGGUUGCGGAUCUGCGCGUCCUUGCCGUCUGCAUGUAUAAAGAGUGUCAGUCAAAGGGACGUCCGUCUAUGGAUAAUUUGCUCCGGGGCGCUGACCGCGCUGAUAUCUUCUGCAUACAGCUUCUCUCGGGCUUCAUAUUCGAGUUAAUAUGAGGGCUUCUCCUCGAUUCUUCAUGAUCAGCGUCCUCGAUGUAUAUGUGGCACCUUGGUGGCACCAUGCACCCAACACGCAUACAGAUACAAACAUCGCUCCCUGCCUCCUGCUUUACAACAUCGCUGAGCCAUCUACUGAGACAUCCAUACACCACCAGUCGCCUCAGUCCUCAACUAUGCCUGAUACCGAGCUAUCCUACGUUAUCCUGUUCGAAGACGGUGUCGCCAGUGAAUUAAACGUCGGCGCACUUGAAUUUGACCGGAACGUUGACCGCUCAUGGAGUUUCACGAAAGUUCGUGACAAGAUCUACGAGAAGGAGCAUGUGUGGGACCGUCGCAAGAUUUCCCCCUCUGAAAUUUCCAUCUACACUCCUGGCCAACUGACGCUGAAAGAUAUUACAAAUGAUGCCAUGUCCCUUCAUGUCAAGACGGCUAUCGAGGGUUUGAAGCCCGUUUACGCCCUUGAUAAAGUCAGCAACAUUCCUAAACAACUGAUCCCGGAUGAUACGUUGGUUCGUCUUGUGCUCGUGGCACGUCGUCCUCAGCUCGUGGGACAUCCUCCAAGUGAGCCACCAUUCAGAUGACCUCACGUCGUCAGGCUUGACCAUCGCAUCUUCGGUGGUGUCUGCUGCUACUCUCCCUGGAAUAUCGUUCUCAAACAUCCUGCUAUGAUCAUGCAGGUGCCAAUCGCAGCGAGCUCGGUCAACAAAUCCACAAUGCCGAGCAAUAUCGUGAAACCUUCAUUAAA